AUGGGCAAACUUGAUGGAAAAAUCGCUCUUAUAACAGGUGGUUCUGAAGGUAUUGGUUUUGCUACUGCACAAAUGUUUAUAACUGAAGGUGUCGAACAUGUUUUUAUUACCGGACGUCGUCAAAAAAUGCUCGAUGAAGCUGUGAAAAAAAUUCGCAGUUCGAAAGUGACUGGGAUACAAGGUGAUGUGUCUAAUAUGGCAGAUCUCGACAAAAUGUUCAAUAUCAUUGAAAAAGAAAAAGGUCGUUUAAACAUUGUAUUCGCUAAUGCUGGUGCUGGAGAAUUUAUGCCUUUUGGUUCGAUUACUGAAGAACAUUUUGAUAAUAUAUUCAAUGUUAAUGUUAAAGGAAUGUUGUUCAGUGUUCAAAAAGUUUUACCAUUAAUAGCGGAUGGUGGAUCAAUUAUCUUGAACGGAGGUGCCAGUUCGGUCAAGGGUAUUCCUGCUGGAAGUGUUUUAUGUGCAACAAGAGCAGCCAAUCGUUCUUUUGCUCGCUGUUGGUCGAUGGAUUUGAAAGAGCGCAAGAUUCGAGUGAACGUUAUAAGUCCAGGAGCCAUUGAUACUCGUGCAUGGGAGAAACUUGGGUUCAAUGAAGAACAGAAACAAGUAUUUAUCUCUCAAAUGCUAUCAACACAACCAAUUAAUCGUUUUGGUACUGCUGAAGAAGUUGCUAGAGUAGCUCUUUUUCUUGCUUCAGACGAUAGUAGUUAUAUUACAGGUAUUGAAAUUUUUGUUGAUGGUGGUCAUGCACAGAUUUGA